AUGUUAACGGAAGGUAAUUGGCGAUGGGAAGUUGUACAUUCAUGCACCAAUGUGUUUUGUUUAACACUUGUGAUUGCAUUUGUCAUCGCCCAACUUAUAUCAUUGUUCCGAUUAACUAAAGCCCGGAAGCAAAAUACGGUUGUAACGGUACAGGAACGAAAAUUCAUUCCGAAAGCACCAGUGACUGACAAACAGAUAGGCGAUGUUAUCGAAAGUGUCGUGAAUUAUGGAGAGGUCUUUGGCAUAAAGAAGGUACCAUACCAUCGCUUGCGUCUGCAUGACGAUGAAGCCUUAUUGAGGUCUCAGCUGUUCUAUGAAAAUAUGAAGAUGCGACGAUGUAUUCAAGAAUUUAGUCCUCGUCCAGUACCUUCGAAACUGAUUCAAAAUAUCAUCAAAUCAGCAGGUACCGCACCGAGUGCAGGCAAUCUGCAACCAUGGAUGUUUUGCGUAAUCAGUAAUUAUGGAGUAAAAGCUACGAUAAGAAAGAUUAUUGAGGAGGAAGAACGAAGCACUUAUAGCAAAAAGAUGGGAGCUGAUUGGGUGCUGGAUAUAGCAGAACUGAAAGUUAUAUGGUCCAAACCAUAUCUUACUGAAGCCCCUCAUCUCAUUGUGGUGAUGAAACAAGUAGAAUUUACAGCUCAUUUGAUCAAUGAUUCAAAUGAGUUGACUUCAACGCAUUACAAUCAAAUAAGUAUCGGUAUAACAGUUGGCAUUUUAAUCGCAGCUCUUCAGGAUGCAGGACUAGCUACUUCAAUCACCUAUCCAUUAUACGGUGGUGAAAAAAUUCGAAAACACCUGAAAAGACCACCGGACGAAGAGGUUUUUCUUCUUUUACCGGUUGGAUUUCCAGCCAAAAACGUUACCGUACCUGAUCUUAAACGUAAAUCCGUUGAAGAAAUAAUUCGAUGUUACGUAUAA